AUGGGUUGCAGUUAAUCACAGAACACAGUCACUCCUGUUAAAAGCCUCAAGCCAGGCUAGACUGAUGUCAACAGUGGGAAGAAGGUUAAUAAACUCCUGAGUCGUGAUGAGGUUGAGGAGAUUUGCAAGAAGUAUGGGUUCAAAAUUGAUGCUUAAAAGAUAGAUCUCAGUUUCAAGCACUUGGGUGAUGAUGGAGCGGAAGAGAUUGCUUAGUUCAUAUAGUUUUCAAAGAAUAUCAAGCAUGUCAAUUUAAAAAGUAACAGCUUAGGCAGAGAAGCAGCGGAACAUCUGGGCAGAGCGUUAUAACUUAAUAAAUCACUUGAAAUUCUAGAGUUGUAGAGCAAUGAACUUGGCUACGAAGGUUCCUUAAUACUAUUUCAAGCAUUAAGGACUAAUAAUACCACAUUAAAAGAACUGAAUCUUGAAUUCAAUUCAAUAGGCGAAGAUGGAGGUGUAGCUAUUUCAUAACAGUUGAAUGGCAUGAAGGGUGGUCUGAUUAAGUUAUGUCUAGGAAGCAAUGAUUUGAAGGAUAGAGGAGUUUUAGAGCUAAUAAAGGUAUUAACAUCUCAAGGGUCAAAGAUUCAAGAAGUAAAGUUGCAAUAUAAUGAGGUCACUGAUUCAGCAGGAGAUUCCUUGUGCGUAUUAUUUGAAGGUCUCUUCACUCCUUUGGGGGCCUCAAUGAAGAAAACUAUGACUUAGAAAGAAAAGGAGAAACUUCUAGCCUAAAUACCUAUUAAAAGAAUAGAUCUGUCAAUGAACUAGUUCUCUAGCAAACUUGAGAUGAGGUUAGAAAAAGCUCUAGAAGCUACUAUGCUAAGCUACAAAUUAUGA